UAUUAUCAUAAACCGGGAAAAUCUCCUCCAUAAAUUGUGUUGUAUUUGAGGAACUAACACGACACAGUCUUGUAUUUGUAAUCACCACUGUUGCAAUAGGUUGUGAAUUACAGUGUGUAAGAUCUUUUAAAAUAAGUUGCUAUUGUAACUUAUUGUUGUUAAUGGAUGUUUUUACUGUUUCUCUACAAUUUAUAUAUAGUUUUUGCAAAUACAAGCUGUGGCGAUUGCAGUCAUGCUCAAGUGUGUCGUAUUUAUUCUAUGAAAUAAAGGCUUCAUUUACAAAUAUUUUUAUACAUUUUUCUAAAUCAUGUUCAUUUUGUUUUCGGUCUCUUGUUUUCAUUUUCUCUGAUAAUUUUUCUUACUUUCUCUUUCAUAAUGUGUCUUUUUUGUGUGUGUUUUUUUUUGUCUCUUUGUAGCCGUUUGUUGUUGCUUUGUCGGUAAUCCAUCCACCAUUAAGCCCAAUACAUAUGAUGGUAUUCUGCGCAUCUGGUCAUAAUGAUGUUUUUCAAAUGUUCAAACUCUUAAUGGUCACAAACUGUCCUGCGAUGAUUCAGUUAAAUUGCUUCAUCAAAACUGUCUUUGUAGUUUCUUGUUGCACUAUAAUGAGGAAAAGAGACUUCCAUUUUUCAGGUCUGAUCCUUGCUGAAGAAUGCAUGCAGGUUGUUCUGGCAGAACGUAAGACAGAGAAUGUCCCAGUAGGGGGCAGUCUGUCUCUGUCCUGUGUGGUCAGGCACUGUGGAGGAAACUGGACGGGAAACUGGAUGCGGACAAAUUCAACAGACAAAACGUUCAGUGAGAGGCACCAUUUGACCAGAGUGAAGCUCUCAGCCAACCAAACUAAACUCGUUUUAAAUUUAAUGAGUGUUACUCUACAAGACAAAGGUUCUUAUGGAUGCAGUGUUAAAUGGAUUCCUGGUGACACUGAGAUGGGAAAUUUGAAGUAUGUGAAUGUCACUGCAGCUGUCUCCUCUCAGAGGAGUUUAUGGCACAGGGUGCUGGUCUGUGCCGGCGCUUCUCUUUGUCUUCUCGUCAUUCUGGGAUUGGCUCGUUGUCUGAGUUCAGAGGUCAAGCCUCAGCCACUUCCUAGGGCGCUGUCCUCCCAUUCAGCUGUGUACAGAGACCAACCACACCUGGCCCCACAGCCUCCACCUCGAUGUCCUGUACCCCAGAAACGUGGUUCUUCCUCUCACAAAGCCGCCUCCAAGUCCCGACAGAAGACUGAGGUGGUGUAUGCAGACAUUUCCCAGGAUGCACUGAGACAACAGAAAGCCACCAAACCGCCUGACCAGUCCACUGUGUACUCAUCCCUCAAAUUUGUCUGACAGGUGAAAAAAAUGUCUGCUGAUGGUCAGUUAUGUAUUAUUUGGCUUGAAAAACUUUUGAAAAUCAUAAAAACAACACAAGAUACAAAAUAAUUCAGCAGGGUAAUUUGUGUCUCUGCAGCUCUAUGGGCUGUCCUGAUUACACACUCAUGUGGAAGUAAUGACUGUUUUUAGUGCCAAAAACCCUUCAUGUGCAGGUAGAAUAAUAGACAGCAAGUGGAGCAGAUAAUGAGGAGAUAUUGCAGCAACCAGCUGAACCACCCUGAGGUGCUGCAGAGAGAAAAGACUGUUUUGAAAUGUGACCAUGGACAAGCAACACAUUAAAUGCAGCCUGACCAUUUAAAAAAAAAUGUAAAAUGUACUUUGUCUGUAAUAUCUAUCUGAUGUGUUUAUGUGAAUAAAAUAUUAAAGUAUGAACAA